AUGCAUCCGUUGCUUUUGCUGGUGACAUGGGCUUGGUUCAUGAGCCAGAUUCUUUGCAGUGAUCUCUCCAACUUUCUGACUCAGCUUCCCAGCUGCGCGGAGAGCUGUGUUCUGGAUUUUGUCUCAGCGUCUUCUUGCGGGACGAACGCAGCAUGUCUCUGCACUGAUCCAAAGCUCAAAGACGACGUGCUACCAUGCGUUGAGAGUCAUUGUCUGCCCAGAGACGCUCUUGCCACGAUAAAUUUGACCUCGGUGGCAUGUGACUUCCCCAUUCGCGACAAACACGAGCAGUUCAAUAUCCUCACCAUCACAUUAAUUGUAAUUACUGGGGUUACAGUUGGGCUUCGAUUUGUUGAAAAGAUACGAUAUGGGCCUGGACUCCAGGUUGACGAUUACGUUAUCACGGGCGCUUUUCUGGUGAACUUAGGUAACUCGAUUGUCUGCUUGCAUGGUCUCUCUGGAAAUGGCCUUGGGCGAGAUGCGUGGAGAUUUAGCCCUGAUACAAUCACAUCUUACCUAUGCGUUGGUAUCCCAAAGUCUCGUUCCAAAGUCGCCACUAACUGCCCAAGUUCCUCUACGCCGGUCAAACCCUUUACGCCACAGACGUUUUCGCAACCAAGAUCUGCGUUCUUCUCUUUUACCUACGCAUAUUUCCCGCCAAUUAGCUUCUAUUGGAAGGGAUGGGAUCAACUGCAUAAGGGCCAUUGCAUAGGGAUCAAUGGGUUAGCAUGGGCCAUUGCUGCAGUUGGGAUUAUCCUAGAUCUCUGGAUGCUUGCAAUCCCAAUUUCUCAACUGAUUCAUCUCCAGAUGAAAUGGAAGAGGAAGCUUGCAGUUGCAUCAAUGUUCGGCGUGGGCACUUUUGUGACGGUUGUCAGCAUCCUCAGGCUGCGCUAUCUAGUAGCAUUUGGCAAUUCCUCCAACCCUACAUGGGAUAGCUUUGAUACAUGCUACUGGUCCGUCAUUGAACUCAAUGUCGGUAUCUGGUGCGCAUGCAUGCCAAACCUUCGAGUAUUGAUGCUCAAGACAUUUCCAAGACUGCAAAGCUCAGUGGAUGCCACUCCCAGAAGCCACCAAUACAACUCGUCUACAGCGGGACGGCCGAUAAGAGUUUCGAGCAACACGCAAGGCCUAUCUGAUAACACCAUGUAUAGAGUGAGGUCUGGCCAAGGGCGCAAGGUCGACGGCUCAUCAAGCACAGCUGAAUUAGUCGAGAUGACGAGAUUCACCAAUGAAACUAGAAGUAGUCUAGCAUAG